AUGACCCGCGGGACCCAGCUCGACCGCCUCCCCGGGGGCGAGGGCCGGCGCGGCGGGUCUCGCUCGCAGGGCGCGGCCCCGGCCCCCGCGCCCGAGCUCCCGAGCUGCCGACCCGGUGCCGACGGGCCCCCGGGCCUCCCCGCCGACCCCGCGGAGGGCGGCUCGGGCCCUCCGUGCCGCGAGGUCCCGCUCCCGGCGCUGCACCGGCCGGGGUGCCAGGCCCCAGGGCCGCUUGCAGGCGUGCCUCCUGCCCGCGAGGGAGCGGCGGCGGGCGACUCGCAGGCGAGCGUCGCGCUGGCCUGCCCCGAGGAGGCCAGCGCCCAGAGCCGGCGCACGCCGCUCAGCUCCAAGGCCUACGCCUACGUCCCCGCCGCCGUGCCCACGGCGGAGGCGAGAGCGCCCCGCAGGAGCAGGCAGGCUCCGAGGGCUCGGUGUGGGCAGUGGCAGGACCCGACCACGGUGAUGAUGCGCAACCUGCCCUACUGCUACACGCGCAAGAGGCUGAUUGACCUGUUCGACUCCCUGGGGUUCUCAGGCAAGUAG